UAAACACUGUUGAGAUUCUUCUGUACUUAUCUGAUUGGCUUUUCUCAUCUCUGUUUAGCAUAGAGAAGAUACUUAUUCCCUGACAACUUGGAUUUUAUAAGAAUUGUUCUGAAAAUGUUGAGAUUUACAUUUACCAUCCUCAUUAUCACAAUUCUUGGUAGGCACCAGGUUUUGGCUUAUCCGGACAUUAAAUGGGUCUAUAACUCUGAUGAUUUCAAUACACAAGUGCAGGCCGAAGAAAACGUUGUAUUUAUUUUAACUGCACAAAACUGCCCCACCUGCCCGGAUGUGCUCAAACAAGUGGUGGAUAAUUGUGCUAAAAAAGGUGAUCUAGUAAAAUGUUUCUGGACUGAUAUUGGUAAUAGCAAUUAUGACAAUUCUUUUUACGCUUCCACGUUUUUGAACGUUCAGUGGAUUCCAUAUGUGGGUUUCUUCAAGGAAGGAAAGAAGAUAGCCGCCGCAAACCAGAAAUUUGCUGAUAAAAACAGAAAAAAUGUGAAUGCUGGUUUUAGAAUAUUUAUAUAGGCUGCAAGUAUUCUUCAAUUCCAGAGCGAUUUGCCACAACCAUUUUUUAGAUCUUUUAAAUAUUUUAAUCAAUAUUACUAAUAAUAGAAUGUAAAAAUAUAAAUAAAUUUUAGAAAUGUAAAGAUUAACAUACUUUCUGUAACGGAAUUUGUUAUGUAAGUGUUGUCAUUGAAUAAAACUUGAUUUGAUUCUA